AUGUCGAUCGCGCAGUCCCCACCACGCAGAACGCGGACGACUCUCCUCUGCGGCACUGCUCGCCUACCAGCGGCUCGGAUGGGACCCUCAAGGACGAUGAUGGGCGCGCGGGUCGAUGGAGCUGGGUGGAGCGAAAGGAUGUCGCUGAGCACGCUAAUCUGGGGCUUCCUGGCCGAAAUUGAGAGAUACUUGUGGCGCUCAUGGCAAAGCUGUCCUCUGCCUUCCACCUUCACAAACUCCGACCUCUCGCGUUCAAUACGCAACUACACCUUCACUGCGGACGCCAUACAGACGAUGGAGCCAUUCAAUCGCGCGCGGCUGGUAAAAGAGGCCCAGGGGUUGUACAAACGGAUAUAUAGUCUGGCGCUACCAUUAGCAACAGCUUGGCCGAAGCAGAGAAACCGCGCAGAGUGGAGCUAUUCCCCGUUCUUCCUCGUGCCCAACAUGAUCCUCUCUCUUCUCCGACAUUUAUACUCAUCUUUUCCCACCAUUGAACGCUGGUCCCGCUGCCAUUCUUCGUUGCCGUCGUCAAAUAUGGCGUCAAACACCCCCACGUUCCAUGAGCCGCCAUCGCUCGCCGUUACACGCGAAGAAAAGGCUUCCCGCUCAUCUCUCCAUAUUCCUUCAUCACCCCCCGCUACCGCCAAUCGAUUCCACCACCUCAUUCCCGACGUCGCCAACGCCCUCCUCGGCCCGCAUCCCAUAAAGCAGUCUUUAGCCAUCUUCUGGCUGUCAACGUUUCCCCAUCGUAUAUUAGAGGUCUUCGCCUUCCCCCGGAACACAAUGCGGUCCGCGAAACACUGUCGCCGUCAUCUUUUCGCGCAAAAGUUGCUUAUGUGGCCAACACGGUUCUCUAAUGGCUGGGAGCCUCUUCCUGCUUGA